CCUCCUAGUCUCAUUUCGAAGGUGAGAGGCAGCUUUUCUGCAGGGGAUCCUGUGUGAAUGGGCUGGUCGCAGGUAUUGUGUGGGAGGAGGGAGCAGGGACCACAGAGUGCAGAGAAUUCACCAACUGACUUGUUUAAGCUGACUUAGUGUGAAUAUCAGCUGAGUCAGAAUUGGUGGAUGUAUGUGCAUGGUGUGAAAGCCCUACUGUUUUUUUAUCUUCAGCAGCAGCAUCGCGCGUUGUGCGCCUUGGUGACCCACAGCCUGCUCAUCUCUGUUGGAUCAUGUGGAUUAUUUUGGUUUUUAUCCUGGCAGCAGCCUGUCCCGAUGGGACCUGGGGAUGUCAGCUGCCCCACGACUGGAGACCGCAGACAGAAGCGUGCCGCGCAGAGCUGGCGGAGAUCAUAGUGUUUGCCAAGGUGUUGGCACUGCAUAAGGAGUCCUACAGUGUGUAUAACUACCUUCCGUGGCAGCACGACACCGACCUGCUUUUCUCCGCCGAAAUCGAGCUGCUGUGCGACCAAGCUUGGGGCAGCAUGCUGGAGGUCCCCGCAGGCUCUAGGUUUAAUGUCACCGGCCUGGGUUACUUCCCUUGCUUCUCUUACAGUGUCACCAAAAACAAUAAUUACUACUUCUUUCUAAGGAUGGAUGAGAACUACAAUAUUGUCCCUCAUGGAGUGAACUUCCAGGACCCCAUCUUCCCCGACACUGCAGAUAACCAUCGCAUGUUUGCCAGCCUUUUCCAGUUUUCCAACUGCACACCUGGGACUCAAGUCCACAGCUUCACCCCGGAGUGGGAGGCCCAGGAGGACAGCAGGUUGUUGUGCUCCACGGUGCAGAAGGCUCUGUUCGAGGAGGAGGAGAGGGUGAGGACUCUCUCCCAGAAGGUGCGGUCUUUGGAGAAAGCCAACAGCCACCUGAGGGAAAAGGUGAAGACCAUGAAACGUCUGCUACGCCAAGCCCAGCGAGAAAAAAUGAAGGAGCACCAGACACUCACCCUCAAACAGCUGUACGAGUCCGAGUCGCCCCAGACGCACCCCGAUCAGGACACUAUACACGACCAGAAGGUCAAAACGGUCCUCUCUAAGAAGCUGAAAAGUUAGUUUAUUUCCUGUGGUUGUAUGUAAGCCAAAUUCUGCUCCCUAUAAGGCAUCGGUGACACUGAAUGAAAAGCUGGGGGAGGUGACAGCAACAGCAGGAACAAGUGGCAGUGUUGAUCACUGAGAGUAACAUGAUGGGCUUUAAUUGCAAUUUCAUUGUAUUCUCCAUGUCUCCAACCUAAUUAAUAUACUUCUUUCAUAUCAAUAAGUCUCAAAUGCAUGACCAAAUCUGUCUAUUUUGUUGGUCCAACAAAAUACUCCAGUGUUAUUUCCUGGUAAAAUUGGCGUUGACAGUGAGCUACAAAAAGACCAUUUAUAGCUUUAUAUGAUCAUUCUCUCUGAAAAACUGUUGCCGUUUCCUGCCCUAACCCCCAGCGUUUACCUGGGUCCACUAGUUUAGUUCAGCACAAUCAUUUUCCAGUGUUCUACUGGAAAAUAAAUACAACUUUUCAUCAAUUUUUCUGUGCCGGGCACAUAAUGCAUUAUCACCAAACUGCUCCACUCAACUGUGUGUUGCUACUUGUCUCAUCUUCCAGGCAGAGCAGCACAGUUAUAAUCUAUACUCGGGUGAAGUUCACUCAUAAUCAGACUGCAGAUCAGAGGUUAAGGGGACACAAAUAACCAGUUCUUAAUUGCAAUGAGUGUAAGAAAGUGCAGAAUGUACAAGUUCUGAGCAUUAAAAAUCUUGUGUGUGAAAAUACACAACACUCAGACUAUAUGUGAGUGUAUAUUUACAGAGGAGCACCUCUGCCAAUGUUUAAAGAUGGUAAGACCUAAGGUUAUGUCACAUAUUUCUUUCUUUAAAAUGUGGCUGCUUUAUAUUUGCUUGUUUGAUUUAUUUAUACACAGCACAGCAUCCCAAACUGUAGUAAUUCAAAUUCUUGUUUCUUUGAAUAUUUUACAUACAAUGCAAGCUGUAUUGAGUGAAAGUGUAAUUUUUGUGUUUGAACACAGGGUGCUGAGCACCUAUGAAGUCCAGCCAGUGAGUCUGGCAUGGUACAGGAUUGGCUUUUUCUGUGUCAGAAAUGAAAGUUCUCUUUUAUAAUACUUUCUGUAUGUGCUUUUUUUAUUAUGAUUAUUUUGCUUUCUCUAAAGUUUAAACAUUUGGUUUGCUUUGCCAGUGGCAUAAUCAUUUGUG